GCCCCCAUGCGGUUCCGGUCCGCCUCGGUACUGCAGGAAACCAGCGCGAGAACAAAAGCACUUUCCAAAUCAGUGUACUGUGAAGAAUCUUGAUGGAGCAGCAUCACUUGGAAGAGAUGGAGGUGCGGAUGGUGUUUUGUCAACAGCGACACCUGUGGUUCAGGAGAAGACUGCAGCGCGAGUAUCAACCACGCCCCCCUGGUGUCUCCUGCUGGUCGCUCGCGGUACUGCAGCGAAACAUCCCCCUGGGGCCCAAAGAGGAUUUUCCCCUCAAUGGUGAAAGAGUCGCCUGUGAAAGUGUUGCCAGGACAACCCCGGCUGUGUAGUUCCGCCUCCGCUGAAUGCAUGCGCGCUCCCGCGGCCAGGGGCGCUCUGGGGGCCAGUGACUGUGAAUCUGUGAGCAGAGCGUCGGGAUGGCAGGAGCUCUGCUGCGCCUCAUUCUGCUCAUGGCUCUGCACCACGGGGCGUUCGACCUCAUCCCGACCAGAGCUGCUGCUGCUGCUGCUGCAGUGAGAUCCAGUGUUGGGAGCCCCUUCUCUGCAGGAGACACCCGGAGGAGCCCCCUCUCUGCAGGAGACACCGGGAGGACCCCCCUCUCUGCAGGGGUCACCCGGAGGACCCCCCUCUCUACAGGGGUCACCGGGAGGAGCCCCCUCUUCUCUGCAAACUCCACUGAUGUUCGUGAGUCGACAACUGAACCUCCAACAACUGUCCGAUGUGAAGGAGCUGCGGAGAGGACAGGUCCCAAGAGAGAAACUGAAGAAGAGGAGGAGGAAGAAGGUCCUCUGGAAUUAGAGUGUCCUCCGCUGGGCCUGGAGUCCCUGAAGGUCAAAGACCAUCAGCUGAGAGCGUCGUCCUACAAGCGCAGAGGCCUGGGCCCUCACCGCGGCCGCCUCAACAUCCAGUCUGGGAUCGAGGACGGAGACAUCUACGAUGGAGGCUGGUGCGCUCAGCACCGAGACAAGAAUCAGUGGCUGGAGGUGGACGCUCAGCGACCGACCCGCUUCACCGGCGUCAUCCUGCAGGGCCGCAGCUCCAUCUGGAGGUCGGUGCCGGAGGUCGAGGCUCCGCGGCAUCAGGCAGCGCGUCGUCGUUUUCUGGAACGUGGUUCACAGCUACAAGGUGCAGUUCAGCAACGACUCGCUGGUGUGGACGACGAGCAUGAACGGGAGCAGAGAGGCCGGAACCAGGACACGGAGACACCCGUCCUCGCCCUGUUCCACAGCUCCACGGUGGCUCGCUACAUCCGGAUCAACCCGCAGACCUGGUACCAGAACGGGACGCAGGGCGACGUCUGCCUGAGAGCCGAGGUGCUGGGCUGCGCUCUCCCAGAUCCAAAUAAUAUCUACGCGUGGCAGACGGAGCCGACGGAUUCCAGAGACCAACUGGACUUCAGACACCACAACUACAAGGAGAUGAGGAAGCUGAUGAGGUCGGUGCACGAGGCGUGUCCUGACAUCACUCGUAUCUACAGCAUCGGAAAGAGCUACACGGGUCUGAAGCUCUACGUCAUGGAGAUCUCCGACAACCCCGGGAAACACGAGCUGGCCGUCCGUCUCUCGACUCUCUCGCCCCCCCGCAGGGGAACCAGAGUUCCGGUACGUCGCAGGGAUGCAUGGGAACGAGGUGCUGGGCCGCGAGCUCCUGCUCAACCUGAUGCAGUUCAUGUGCCAAGAAUACAAGCGCGGCGACCAGCGCAUCGUCCGCCUCGUCACAGAGACUCGCAUCCACCUCCUGCCCUCCAUGAACCCCGACGGCUACGAGGUCGCCUUCAGAAAGGUGCCGGGGCCCAGGGCUCGGAGCUGGCGGGCUGGGCCCUGGGCCGUUACAGCCACGAAGGGAUCGACAUGAACCAUAACUUCGCCGACCUCAACUCAGGGAUGUGGACGGCCGUGGAGCUGGAGACGGACCGGUCCAAACUCAUCAACCACUACUUCCCCAUCCCGGAGCAGUACACCUCGGAGCAGGCCUUUGUGGCGUCAGAGACCCGCGCCGUCAUCGACUGGAUGCAGAACAUCCCCUUUGUCCUCGGCGCCAACCUCCACGGUGGAGAGCUGGUGGUCACCUACCCGUACGACAUGACCCGGGACUGGGCCCCUCGCGAGCACACGCCCACCGCGGACGAGAGCUUCUUCCGCUGGCUGGCCACAGCGUACGCCAGCACCAAUCAGGUGAUGUCCAACCCCGACCGGCGGCCCUGCCACAACAAGGACUUCCUCAGAUACAACAACAUCAUCAAUGGCGCCGACUGGCACAACGUACCAGGAAGUAUGAACGACUUCAGCUACCUCCACACCAACUGCUUCGAGGUGACGGUGGAGUUGUCCUGUGAUAAGUUCCCUCACGCCAGCGAGCUUCCUGUCGAGUGGGAGAACAACCGCGAGUCUCUGCUGGUUUACAUGGAGCAGGUUCACCGCGGACUCAAAGGUGUGAUUCGGGACAAAGAGACGGAGGCUGGCGUCGCAGACGCCGUGAUAAAAGUUGAUGACAUCGAUCACCACAUUAGAUCAGUUGCUGAUGGAGACUACUGGCGGCUGCUGAAUCCCGGCGAGUACAGGGUGACGGUCAGCGCGGAGGGAUACGUUCCCUCGUCGCGCACCUGCCAGGUCAUGUACGACCACUACCCAACAAUCUGCGACUUCCGCCUCGCCAAGGUGCCCGAGCAGCGGCGGACAGACGCUCUGGGGAAGGGGCGGAGACUCUCCACGGACCUGCAGCUCAAGCUCCGCCAGCUUCGUCUGCGUAAGCUGCGCGUCACCACCAAGGCCAUCAACCAGCGGCGAGCUGCCACCGCCGCCAGACGGGCGAAGAGGGUGUGAGGAUGACGACGAUGAUGAUGAUGCAGUUAUUUAUCCUCAACACGUGAUCGACGUGCGAACAAUUCACUCCUCUGCUGUGGAGCAGCGGAACCAUCGACUCGUUCCUCACGGAUGAGGAGUGUAACAUUUCUCUGAAUCAGACCUCCGUGUUAAUUAGACUCUUACUGCGACUGUGAACAAUCCUGAGUGGACCAAUGUUUUCACAUAUUCCAAGUACACCGGGUCCGGACACUGGAGCGGAUGCCAAAAAGUGCCUAAAAGCUUGUGUUCUGUGUUCUGACCAGCAGAGGGCGACUGUGAGAACACGACUUGAUUUAUAAAUGUCAGUAAACAUUUUCCUGAG